UCUUCAUCUUCAUCAUCAUCUUCAUCUUCAUCUUCAUCUUCAUCUUCAUCUUCAUCUUCAUCUUCAUCUUCAUCAUCAUCUUCAUCUUCAUCUUCAUCUUCAUCUUCAUCUUCAUCUUCAUCUUCAUCUUCUUCUUCAUCUUCAUCUUCAUCUUCAUCUUCAUCUUCAUCGUCUUCUUCAUCUUCAUCUUCAUCAUCAUCUUCAUCUUCAUCUUCAUCUUCAUCUUCAUCUUCAUCUACUUCUUCAUCUUCAUCUUCAUCUUCAUCUUCAUCUUCAUCUUCUUCUUCAUCUUCAUCUUCAUCUUCAUCUUCAUCUUCAUCAUCAUCUUCAUCUUCAUCUUCAUCUUCAUCUUCAUCUUCAUCUUCAUCUUCUUCUUCAUCUUCAUCUUCAUCUUCAUCUUCAUCUUCAUCGUCUUCUUCAUCUUCAUCUUCAUCAUCAACUUCAUCUUCAUCAUCAUCUCCAUCUUCAUCUUCAUCUUCAUCUUCAUCUUCAUCUUCAUCGUCUUCUUCAUCUUCAUCUUCAUCUUCAUCUUCAUCUUCAUCUUCAUCAUCAUCAUCUUCUUCAUCUUCAUCAUCAUCAUCAUCUUCAUCUUCAUCUUCAUCUUCAUCUUCAUCUUCAUCUUCAUCUUCAUCUUCAUCUUCAUCGUCUUCUUCAUCUUCAUCAUCAUCAUCAUCUUCAUCUUCAUCAUCAUCUUCAUCUUCAUCUUCAUCUUCAUCUUCAUCUUCAUCUUCAUCUUCAUCGUCUUCUUCAUCUUCAUCUUCAUCUUCAUCUUCAUCUUCAUCAUCAUCAUCUUCUUCAUCUUCAUCAUCAUCAUCAUCUUCAUCUUCAUCUUCAUCUUCAUCUUCAUCUUCAUCUUCAUCUUCAUCUUCAUCUUCAUCGUCUUCUUCAUCUUCAUCUUCAUCAUCAUCUUCAUCUUCAUCUUCAUCAUCAUCUUCAUCUUCAUCUUCAUCUUCAUCUUCAUCUUCAUCGUCUUCUUCAUCUUCAUCUUCAUCUUCAUCUUCAUCUUCAUCUUCAUCUUCAUCAUCAUCAUCUUCUUCAUCUUCAUCUUCAUCAUCAUCUUCA